GCCGACUCUCAAAGACGGCAGCUGGACAGCAGACCUCAGAUCAGCUCUUACUGCUUGUUUUCCUUCGAUGAUGUGGAGUGUUGUGAUCCUGCUGGCCGCUGCUCUCCGUGUGGAGUCCUACGCCAGCCAUGACCUCCAUGAGCGUUUGGCCCAUGGUCGCAUUCUGAAGAUCUAUCUGCCCAAGAGUGCAGAAAAGCUAGAGUUCACUCCAUCUGAGGAUCCCAGCAAGACCUUCUUGUUCUGGGAGAAGGGCAGACUGAGGAUGACCAAAGGCAGGGUGUCUGGUACAGGCAGCGACCGACGGUGGUACAUUGACAAGGUGACUUAUGAAGACCAGGGGACGUACGUCCAGAGAGACUUCUGGAAUAAAGAGAUCUCCUCUGUCAAAGUGGCCGUCACAACCAGACACAACUACGUGAAGUGUAUAGCUGGAGAGGAUCUUGACAUCUCACUGGAGGGCAUUGACCUGGCUGACGCUUUCCUCACCUCUCUGGGGAGGCUGCCAACGUCACACUGGUGCGCGAUGGUGCUCGGGUGUCCCAAGACCUGCCGAAUUAUUGGGACCGGGUUCAGACCCACUCCUGAACAUCGAGAUCAAGAAAGUGAAUUACAGUGAUGAGGGAUAUUACACCCUGAGAGGACCGCAGGGACCGGGUGGGUGUCUGUUACCAGGAUGGACCUGACA